AACGCAGUACCCCUGCGGCCUGUAUUAGUUGAAGGCCCUUGUUGCAGUAAUAACGAAGAUUAUAAUAACCUGCCCUAAUGAGAUUGUCUGGGCGGGUCGGCUCCCUGAGCAGCACCUCUUAUUUUCACCUCAAGAUUAUCAGGAAACCGGCUAGCCUUUUGUCGAAAUGCGAUUCUCAACAGCUGGUCUCGUUGCUCUCGUGGCCGCCGCCAUGGGCACACCAUUGCCAUACAAGCCAAAUACAGUUGACAGCGCCAACACUCGCAGCCUCUGGGUUACUAGCUACUCAAACAAGGCUGACGACUAUGUUACGGUCGACGCCUCCAACACUUACCCCGAAAAGGCUGGCAGCGGUUCUGGCCCCCCAAAGAAGGGCGGCAAGCAUGUUCUGGAGCGUCGGAACCCACAUGGACCAGAUUACUUGAAGCUUGAUUAUUCACCCAUCUACCAUGAACAUCUCAUUACCUUGACUUCUGGGAAAGUCAUGUAUCGAGACAGUCUAGGCGGUGUUCUGGGAGCCGUGACUCGCCUUCUCAAUAUCUAGGAUGAAGCAUAAGCAAUGCCGCUACGGAAGGAUCAUGUAUCUGAAAGGGGAGGGAAGCUUCAGGCCU